AUGCACCCGCGGCGCGCUCUUCAUAACCUGGUUAUAGGACUACGACUUUAUAAAGCUGGAGCUGUAAUAUGCUCCUCAAACCUCCUAGUUGACGACUUCUCGCGGUUUUCCAACAGGAGGAAUAACCUCGGACUAAAGGCAAGCGAUGAUGGUUCUAUGACAUCAAUUUCCGUCCUUGGUGAUUCUAUCUCAUUUACACCCCGGCCAAUGUCCUACUUCUACGAGACCGUGCCCUGUGUUGACGCAGAGGCAUCCGGGUACGAAGCGCUCGCAUUUACCAUGAAAGCACCCCAGAAUGCAUCUAUCACGCUCGAGAUGCAGACGAUGGAGAACUGUUCAAUAGAGGCGUACAAUAGUACAUGGCGAUAUGUCAUGAACUUUACUGGCGAGCCCCAGAGGAUCGUGGCUCCCGUGAGCUCGUUCCGAGGAGCUAGGACGAAUGGUAUUGCCGCGUUUAACUGGGCGACUUGGGAAUCGCAGAGCACAGGUUUCGUCUGGGAGCUUGGCGACAUAGAGCUGAUCUGCGGUGCGGUAUCUUAG